AUGGAGGGAUCCUGGGUACGGCGGCUGCUCCAUGGAAACGCACUGGGCCGAGCGGCGAUAGCCCAUCUGUGGAAGCAGGUCGACGCGGAUAUUCACGCCUUUGCAAACUACGAUUCGCACCCAAAGAUGGACAGGUUGCGUCCGGAAGCGAGCGCAAUCAAAUGCACGUCGAUUGGUGGAAUCGCCAACCACGCAGAUCUCUGGGAGACGAUCCGUGAUCCAAAUGUUCACAUCCAUCGAGCAAGCAUUGCCCAAGUCUCGAGCAAAUUGCCAGACACGAGUAUUGAUCUCAGCGAUGGGACUCAUAUUCCAGCCGUUGACCUCCUUGUCCACGCAACGGGGUGGAAGUUUGCUGUUCCAAUUUCAUUCGAUCCUCCUGCCUUGGGUGCGCAUCUCGGGCUGCCAUACCAGACAGGGUCGGAGUAUGACUGGGAGCCCAUUGAGCAAGAGGUCGAGUCCAAGAUGCGGUCCGACCUCGACGCCAGCCUCUUCAAGCAUGCCGCGCCACCAACGCGUGGUGUCCAUCACCUAUACCGACGCAUCGCAUCGCCAUCGCUGAUUGCAGAGGGAGACCGCUCGUUUGCGGCCAUGGGGGCGCUUUACAACGGAGCAGUAUCGGUCGUGGCCGAAGUGCAAGCUCUCUGGGCAGUGGCCUUCCUCACUGGCGGACUUGACGAGAUCUGCGACGGACCUCUCUCUAAUCCAGAGAAGGUGUUUGAAAGUGUGGCAGAGGAUGUGGUGUGGAGCGGUCUAACUGGCACGGCACUGAACGUGGACACGCUUCCGUACAAUGACAUGUUGAUGCGCGACCUCGGGCUGAAUCGGUACCGGGCAGGUGGACGGUGGUGGAAAGAAUUGGUGGCAGUGUAUGGACCACGGUCGUAUGCAGGAAUCGUCGACGAGUGGAUGGAAAUGCGGGCCAGGGGACGAGAAUAA